AUUUUACUUUACUGAAGAUACAUAAACAUCCAUAAUUUCAACGGAGCAAAAUGGUUCUUAUGAGAUUGUUUUUAUUCUUGCUGAUGUUCAUUCUCAACAAUGUAGCAGACGAUUUCAACGCUUGGUUCUACACAGUGACACAGACAUCGCACAGAAGAUCGGGUCGAUGGAAAAGCAAAUCGCUGAUCUUACUGCUACUGUUGCAGUUCUGAAGUCGUCCACAGGUAAAGGAUCUACAUACACACGUUGGGGUCGAACAGUUUGUCCCGGGAAUGGAACUGGCCUUGUCUAUUCUGGCUUUAUGGCUGGCACAUACCAUGACAGUGCUAAGCAUGGGUACGGUUCAGGUGCAAACUAUCUUUGCUUAGCUGACCGACCAACGUGGGGCCAUUAUGCCACUGCUGGAAACAACGAUAUCCGUAUUGCCGGUGUGGAAUACGAAUUUUCAGGAUAUUCAAUAAACGAAGUAGCCGACUUUUUUGGUACCAAUAUCCGCCAUAACGAAGCCCCAUGUGCUGUGUGUCACAGUUCAAGAACAUCCAAUCUGAUGAUACCUGGGCGUACUGAUUGCUAUCCUGGAUGGACAAAAGAAUACAACGGUUUUCUUGUAGGUGCUUACCCAGGUUAUAAUGACGCUACAGAAUUUGUGUGUCUGGACCGAAGGCCUGAAUCCGUUGUCAACAGCGGAAUUGGCGAUGGUGAAAACUUGUUAUAUUUCGUAGAGGCAAACUGCGGCAAGUCACUUGAAUGUCCACCUUAUGUUCAUGACCGGGAACUAGCGUGUGUUGUGUGCUCUGCUUAAUAUCAGCUUUAAACCUAAAAUAAAAAUGAGAUACGUGUACGCUUACUUUUCUAUGAUUUAAAUUCUUUACCUUUUACAUAACAUCAUUCUGUCCUAUAUACCAGUCAUUACCAUCAUUUAUAGGCAUCGCACGCUUUUACAGGAUAAUUGAAUAUAAACACUUCCAAAAGAGACAUAAGUAUAUGGGGAAAAAAGAACUGUUCCUAUCCCUAUGAAAAGCAUUGACUUUCGUCGGUCGCUUAUAUUUUAUAUAUGCUCCAAUAUUGGUUUUCUAACAGGCCGCACAUUUUCUCAGUAUUCCAGAAAGUGUUUUGCGACACACCUCUGACUUAUGAACUUUUGCAAAGUAUAAAGGGUCUCAACUGAUUAUACGGUACUGACAAACUACAAUCAACACAAACAGGUGGCAUUAUCUAUAAUCUGCCAAAACUUAUCAAAUCAGUCAAAUAUAAGUGAUUAAACAAUUGAAAUCGAAUUUUACUUACUUCUGGUGCAUAUGAAUUUAUACAGUUGCAGCCAUGAAGGGAGAUAACCAAAAAUUAUGGAUUCAACAAAACUUUCUACCGUCGAUAUUCAAACCUUGCAAAUAUUGGAGGAAAACAGUUAUCAAAAACAGAAUUAUUAAUAAAGGCAUUAUGAACCGUUAAUACAUAGUUAAUAACAUUUAAUGCGUAUCAAUUCAAUUUCACCUUCUAAUUUUAAGCAAGAAUUACGUUACAUUAAAUAAAACAAUGGUAAUUAUAUGUUGUAAAUAUACUCUCAUAAUGUACACAUACAUUGGUCGAUUGUGGAGGAAUCAAAUUCAUUACAGGUAUUAUAACGUCAGAUAUUCCAGCAGAGCAUUUAUGGUAUUAGCAACUUAAAUAUUCUGACUGAUAUUUAUUUCUGUUUAGCUUUUUGUCAGACAAAGAAUUGUGACCUAUCUUCAACGCUGUUUUCUUAUCUAUACCUGUACGGUAAGUAUUUAAAUGUAACGUUUGUGCUCUCUAAAGUCAUUUAUUUUCUAUUUAUGAGUUUUAAUGUUUGAAAUGGCACUUAAAUGUACAGUGUUUUUGGUAUUGUUUUUGUACAAUGUGUUGGUGGCUGACUGCAAAAAACGACUCGUACUUGAGGAAAUGGACAUUGAGCAAGAAAUUAUCAACUUGAAGACGUCAAUGGCUCAGAAAGACGCAGAAAUAGCUGCUCUACAAAAACAGAAUGCAGAUCUGCAGUUACAAAUGGGUUCACUGUACACGAGAUGGGGACGGACAUCGUGUCCUGGAAAUGGUACAACACUCGCGUAUUCUGGUUACAUGGCCGGCACUUACCACGACACGGUUGGCCACGGGCCUGGACCAGGAUCUAACUACUUGUGCCUCGCUGAUCAACCCACCUGGGACUACUAUUCUGAUACUGCAAACAACAUUAUUCAUAUCACUGGUGUGGAGUACGAGUUCCACGCCACUAAUCCGCAUGACAUACAAUCAAUUUUUGGAUCUGACAUCCAGGACAGCGACGCUCCAUGUUCUGUGUGCCGCACUCAAAGAAACACCAAUGUUAUGAUUCCAGGCCGUAAGGACUGUUACCCAGGGUGGACAAAGGAGUACAGCGGUUAUUUGGUAGGAGGUAGCCCAAACUACGACGAUUCUACCGAGUAUAUCUGUCUGGACAGGCGACCGGAGACAGUUGUACACAGUGGAAUCAGUUACAAUGAUAAUAUGCUCUAUUUCGUGGAAGCAUUCUGCGGGAAAAGUUUAGAGUGUCCACCGUAUGAGCAUAAUAGAGAACUCGCUUGUGUUGUUUGUUCCAUGUAAACAAUCUAGAAAUUGAAUAAAUUAUGUGUCAAUUGGGAA